AUGGCCCCAACUUCUGCUGUUGUCUCUGCACAGACCGCCGGAGAGACUAAAACCACUGCAUCCAUGAAUGCGUCCAAGGCGGCGUUCGUGGCGGAUAACGACGGCGCGUACGGAUACGGCGGGGGAGCGACGUUACGGAUCGACGAGAUGCGUAAGAACGAGUUCCGCCACAUGCAGGGAAGCGUGUACUUGGACCACGCGGGCGCAACAAUAUAUUCGCAGACGCAGCUGGACGCAACAUUCCAGGAGCUCCAAGGCGGAUUGUUUACUAACCCGCACAGCGCAAUUGGCGGCGCCCAAGUAGGGUCGACAACUGCGAAAAUUGAGAGCGUACGGCGCCGAGUGUUGGCAUUUUUCUCGGCGAGUGAGGAAAAGUACACAUUGAUCUUUACAUCGGGAGCGACGGCGGCGCUGAAACUGGUCGGUGAGAGUUUUCCAUGGACAAAGGAGAGCACGUUCGCUUACUCCAUGGACUCACACACCAGUGUGCUUGGAAUUCGAGGGUAUGCUGCAGCAAAAGGAUCGUCGAUACAGUGUGUUGAGCUGAGCGAGCUUGAGGAAAUAGAGAGAGAUGAGCAAGUCUCCGCUGAAUCUACUUGCUGUUUUACUGAGACUACUCCCAUGAGUCUGUUUGCCUUUCCUGCGGAGUGCAACUUUAGCGGAGUGCGGCAUUCUCUUUGCCUUGUGGACCAAAUUCGAGCUGGGUGUUGGAACCCUUCAACCGAAAGCGUAUCGAUGAAGAAAUGGCUCGUGUUGGUCGAUGCAGCCAAGUACGUGGGAACGCAUCGACUCGAUCUCUCAACGUACCAUCCGGACUUCGUGGUGCUCUCAUUCUACAAGAUAUUUGGCUAUCCAACGGGGUUGGGCGCCUUGAUCGUCCGAAAAGCUGCACUAUCGUCGUUGAAAAGGGAAUACCAAGGUGGAGGCACGAUCCAGAGCAUUUUGGCAGGUCGAAACUAUGCCAUUCCACGUGGAUUGGACGGCAGCGGCGAUGCAAGCGCUCGUUUUGCUGAUGGUACGCAGUCGUUCCUGUCGAUUCUUGCUCUGCGCCACGGUAUCGAGCAAGUCGGAAAACUUGGCAUGGCGAGCAUUUCAGCUCACACAGCUGCAUUACGAACGCUGCUUGUCGACAAGCUCAUAGGUCUUAAGCAUUGGAAUGGACGCCCAGUUUGCGAGAUUUAUGGCAAUAGUAGUGGUAAGACACAUUCAGAACAGCAAGGUCCGAUCGUUGCGUGCAAUUACCUACGCGCAGACGGCAGCUACGUCGGAUACAGCGAAGUCCACAAACUCGCAGAGAUUCACAAUAUUCACUUGCGGACAGGAUGCUUCUGCAAUCCCGGCGCGUGUCAGUAUUACCUCGGUCUGAAGGAGUCGGACUUGGUGUCGAAUAUUGCUGCUGGUCAUGUCUGUGGAGACGACAUUGAUUUGAUAAAUGGUCUGCCUACUGGUGCCGUUCGCUUGUCUCUGGGAUAUAUGACGACGUUUGAAGACAUUGAAGCGUUUGUGGAGUUCACCUUCAAAUACUUUGUUUGCAGGACGGCACCAACUGAGGUGGCCAAUACUAUAACGCCGUCUUCGCCAAUCUUCUCAUCGUCUCUACCUAGAGUUCCCCAUCUCUCCAAGAUCACACUAUUCCCGAUCAAGUCUUGCGCGGGGAUGGUCCUCAACGCGUGGCCUGUUGGAACGAGGGGCCUACUAUUCGACCGAGAAUUCGCGAUCGUGGAUGUGUCCACGGGUACUGCUUUGACACUGAAGACACUUCCAGAACUGUGCUUCUUGCACCCCAUUAUCGAUCUUGGACGCGAGACGCUGACGAUAUCCUAUCGCAAACCGGACAGCUCUGAGUUCCAACUACCCACAACGAUGCCGUCGUCUUCUGAAUCUCCUCCAUCGCCACCAUUCACUAUACCUCUACGCGCUGAUAUCUCCAUGACAAAGCACCAAGAUGAAGGCAAUCCACGUAGCAUGCGUGUUUGCACUGACAGCUGCAAGGGGCAAGAUGUCGGCGCAGACGUUUCUCGAUGGCUAAGUUCGUGUCUAGGUCGGCAAUGCGCGCUCGUUCGAGUGUCCAGCAACCACCUCCGACCGUCUCAAGCACAUCGACCCAAGACGCAUAGCACUACAAAGCAACAGUCUGAUAUUCAGGGCCCCGAAGUUUCCAACAAUGACUCCCGUCCUGCGUCCAUCGGGUUUGCUAACCAGGCCCAGUAUCUUCUCAUCUCGCGCCAGAGCAUCAUGCAUUUCAACGCGGUACUCGGAUCCGUCGACACGUCCAUGAGCAUCAGUGAGGACGCUUUUCGUGCCAACCUCAUCGUGGACGGAUGCGCCGAGUCCUUCGAGGAGGACAAGUGGAAGCACAUUCGCAUUGGCAGCAGCAGCUUCGACGUCUCGGGCCCAUGCAGCCGCUGUAGCGUCAUCAAUCUCGACCCGCACACAGGCACGUUCCGCCGACAGCCUCUCCAGGUGUUAUCCAGCUAUAGGCGGCAGCGCAGCAGCAUCUACUUCGGCCAGUUCCUUACCGCAACACCUCCGACUGCUGUUGAGACCGUGUGGCUGCGUAGUGGGGAUCAAGUUGAAGUCGUCAGAUGA